AUGGACCGACGCAGUUGGCCGUGGAAGAAAAAAUCUUCCGACAAGGCUGCAGCUGAGAAAGCCGCAGCUGCAGCAGACUCUUUUGCAACCGAGGCAGAGCGAGAUAAAUACAAGAAACCAAACUAUGUUCAAAUUUCUGUCGAGCAAUAUUCACAUCUGACCAGUUUGGAAGAUCAAGUGAAGACUUAUGAGGAUCAAGUGAAGACAUAUGAGGACCAAGUUCAGACAUUGGAGGAUGAAAUUACAGAUUUGAAUGAAAAGCUCUCCGCGGCCAAUACAGAGACGACUAACAAGGAGAGCCUGGUUAAACAGCAUACUAAAGUUGCCGAAGAAGCUGUCUCAGGUUGGGAAAAGGCUGAAGCAGAAGCUCUCGCGUUAAAAACUCAUCUAGAAUCUGUGACUCUUUUAAAGCUCACUGCUGAAGAUCGGGCCUCACAUUUGGAUGGUGCUCUUAAAGAGUGCAUGCGGCAGAUACGAAAUCUGAAGGAAGAUCAUGAACAGAAAUUACAAGAAGUUGUUUUCAGCAAAACCAAGCAAUGCGAAAAAUCAAGCUUGAGCUUGAAGCAAAGAUAUCUAAUUUGGACCAAGAACUCCUAA